GGGCUGCUCUGCGUUCCUGAGAGGCAGGGGUGUGGGAGGAACUUCCUUCUGUGACAGCCUUGGGCACACAGGGAAAGUCUGAUAAACUGUGAAGGUAGCAUUUACAUGAUGGCUGCAGACUAUUGGCAGUUUAUCCUCUGGGUGCUGGGCUGGAGCAGAGGUAUGCUGAAAGAUGUGUGGAAUUUUACUUCUUCCUUUGUUCUGGUAACUCAGAGCUCUUGUUAAAUUCAUUCCGGCAUCAUGGUGCUGUAGCCAGGUUUUAAAGAGAAUGCUGCCAGUUUCAGUUAGUGCAUUGAGUCUCUCACCUGGCCUUCCACAGCCACAGGGCUUUGAGAGCACCAGUUUCUAGCUGCGGGGAACUUCCUGUGGGAGGGGGCUCCAUUCUCAUUGCUGAGGCAGCUGGCACCAAGUGCCCUGGGCUGGGUGCUGGGGUGAGGCAUCCACUGGGUUCUGGGGCAGGGCAGGAGUUUGAGACUUGCGCCCCCAGAUGAAAAUGGUUGGAUUCAUACAGCUCCUGCUCCUCAAACAUCUGCCGAGGACACCAGAGCUGUGUUCCCAGGUCAAACCUCAGCUCACGCUUCCAGAAAAGUGUGGGUGAUGGAACAGGGCUGACAGGUGUCUCUGAGGUCCUAGGACCCAGCUCCCUGGAUCUGAGGAAGCCGCACAGCCAGCUGUGUGCUAGUGGGAGCGUUUGCCUGCCUGUGGGUCCUUGCCUGUGUGCCUCUGCCCCGCCUCCCGGCCACCAGCGAGGAGGGGAAGCUGAGUAGGCCAGGGCCCUGCGCUGUCUCUGCUCCAGCUAGGAUGUGGCUCUUCCACGUUCUGCUCUGCAUGACCAGCCUGGCUCCCAUGGCCACCUUCAACGUGGACGUGGCCUGGACCUGGGUGACUCCUGAGGAUGGUGCGCCCUACGUGCUCAGCUCCCUUCUGCACCACGACCCCAGCACCAACCAGACCUGGCUCCUGGUCACCAGCCCUAGAAGCAACAGGACAGCAGUGCCCCUGCAUCGAUGUUCUCUCAGCCAGGAGGAGAUCCAGUGCCAACCAGUAGAGCAUGUCCCCAUCCCAAAGGGGAGGCACCGGGGCGUGACAGUUGUCCGGAACCACCACGGUAUUUUGAUCUGUAUUCAAGUGCUGGCCCGGCGACCCCACAGCCUCAGUUCAGAACUCACAGGCUCCUGCAGCUUACUGGCCCCCAACUUCCAUCUCCAGGCCCAGGUCUGCUUCUUCAACCUUGAACAAAUCCUGGAUCCCAGUGCAUGUGUGGAUGUUGAAGAUUGCUACAGGAACAAAAAACAUAGCACAGAGAAUACAUCCAGGUGGCGCCGGGCUCUGGAGGCAGAGGAGGAGGAAGAGGACGAGGAGGAAACAGCUGGCACUGAGAUUGCCAUCGUCCUAGAUGGCUCAGGAAGCAUUGAUCCCCUAGACUUCCAGAGAGCCAAAGACUUCAUCACCAACAUGAUGACGAACUUCUAUGAGAAGUGCUUUGAGUGCAACUUUGCCCUGGUGCAAUACGGGGAUGUGAUCCAGACUGAGUUUGACCUUCAGUACAGCCAGGAUGUGAUGGCCUCCCUCAACAGAGUGAAGGACGUCAUUCAAGUGGGGAGUGUCACCAAGACUGCUUCCGCCAUACAGCAUGUCCUAGACAACAUCUUCACACCAAGCCACGGCUCCAGGGAAAAAGCAAACAAAGUCAUUGUGGUGCUUACUGACGGGGACAUAUUUAGGGAUCCCCUCAACCUCACGAAUGUCAUCAACUCCCCAAAGAUGCGAAAUGUGGAGCGCUUUGCCAUUGGGGUGGGAGAUGCAUUUAAGAACGCUAAGACUAACAGGGAACUGAAGAUGAUCGCCUCAGACCCUGAUGAGACCCAUGCCUUCACUGUGACCAACUACACGGCGCUGGAUGGGCUACUGAGCAAACUGCAGCAGAGUAUCAUUCACAUGGAAGGCACCUCUGGAGAUGCCCUCCACUACCAGCUGGCACAGAUCGGGUUCAGCGCCCACAUCCUGGACGAGGGGCAGGUGCUGCUCGGUGCCGUGGGGGCCUUUAACUGGUCGGGGGGCGCCCUAGUCUAUGACACGAAAAGCUGCCAAGGUCGCUUCCUGAACCAGACCAGAGCGAAAGCUGAGACUGCGCAGUACAGCUACCUGGGCUACACGGUGGCGGUGCUGCAUAAGGCCAGUGGCCUCUCCUAUGUGGCUGGGGCUCCACAACACAAACAUCGGGGGACCGUGUUUGAGCUUCAGGAGGGCAGAGAUACCAACUUCAUGCCAGUGCUGGAGGGAGAGCAGAUAGGGUCCUAUUUUGGCUCUGAGCUGUGCCCUGUGGACAUCGACAUGGACGGGACCACGGACCUCUUGUUGGUGGCUGCUCCAUUUUACCACAUUCAUGGGCAGGAAGGCAGAGUCUACAUGUACCGUCUGAACGAGCAGGAUGGUUCCUUCUCCUUGGCACACAUGCUGUGUGGGUACCUCGAGUUCACUGAUGCCCGAUUUGGCUUUGCUAUGGCAACAGUGGGGGAUAUCAGUCAGGAUAAGCUCACAGAUGUGGUCAUCGGGGCCCCCCUGGAGGGCUUUGGGGCAGAUGACGGUGCCAGCUUUGGCAGUGUGUACAUCUACAACGGACGCUGGGAUGGCCUCUCUACCAGGCCUUCACAGCGGAUCAGAGCCUCAGCAGUGGCCCCAGGACUCCGGUUCUUCGGCACGUCUGUGGCUGGUGGCUUAGAUUUCAGUGGUGACGACCUCGCUGACAUCACCGUGGGCACUCUGGGCCGGGCAGCUGUGCUCCGCUCAAGACCUGUGGUUUACCUGAAAGUGUCCAUGACCUUCAACCCCACGGCACUGCCCAUUGGCUUCAACAGCAGCGUGAACGUGGGUUUGUGUUUUGAAAUCAGCUCUGUGACCACAGCUGCGGAGUCAGGUCUGAGAGAGACGUCUCUGAACUUCACAGUGGAUGUGGAUGUGGGGAAGCAGAGGAAAAGGCUGCGGUGUGCAGAGAUGGGAGCUUGUCAGGGCCACCUUACUGGGUGGGGUGGUGGGUCCCAUCUCUGUGAGCCCCUCCUGCUUAUGCCCACAGAUGGAGAGCUCUGUGAGGAGGACUGCUUCUCCAACAUCAGUGUCAAGGUCAGCUACCAGCUCCAGAGCCCCGAGGGCCGGAGGGACCAUCCCCACCCCGUCCUGGACCUCUACACCGAGCCCUCUGCCAUCUUCCAGGUGCCCUAUGAGAAGGCCUGCAAGAAUAAGCUGUUUUGUGUCGCUGAGCUACAUUUGGCCACCGCCAUCUCUCAGCAGGAUUUGGUGGUGGGUCUCACAAAGGAGCUGACCAUGAACAUUAGCCUGAGGAACUCCGGAGAAGAUUCCUACAUGACAAGCAUGGCUUUGAAUUACCCCAGAAACUUACAGUUUAAAAGUAUACGAAAGCCUCCUUCUCCGAACAUCCAGUGUGAUGACCCCAAGCCAACUGCUUCUGUCCUGGUCAUGAACUGCAGGAUUGGUUACCCUAUACUCAAGAGGUCAUCUGCAAACUUUUCAGUAGUUUGGCAGCUAGAGGAGAAUGCCUUUCCAAACAGAACAGCCAGCAUCACUGUGACAGUCAGCAAUUCCAAUGAGAGAAGGUCUUUUGUCACACAGACCCACAGCCUUCAGUUCAGGUGGGCCUUCAUGGCAGUUCUUCCCAAACCAUCAGUAAUGUACGUAAACACAAGCCGGGGGGUUUCCGACCACAAAGAAUUCUUCUUUAAUGUACAUGGGGAAAAUCUCUUUGAAGCCAAAUUCCAGCUGCAAAUUUGUGUUCCAAUCAAAUUACAGGACAUCCAGUUUAUAAAAGUGAAGAGCCUGACAAAGACUCAGACUACCUGAAGUGUCAAGGCUCAAAAAUGAAAAUAUGGAAUUUACAGAAUGUACUCUGCUGACAAAGGGCUUG